AUGAAGCGAAAGCUGGACGCCAAUGAUGCACCAACAGUUGAAGUUUCGCGAGAUCCUGAGGAAGAUGGAUUGUCGUUCAGUUCCUUUGGCCUUGACCCUCGCCUAAUGCAGGCCAUUGCAAAAUCAGACUUCUCCCACCCUACAUCAGUACAGGCAAAGGCCAUUCCCCUGGCGCUUGAGGGAAAAGAUAUCCUUGCAAAAUCCAAAACAGGUUCCGGAAAAACCGCCGCCUACGUCCUCCCCACUCUACAAGCGAUCCUGCGUCGAAAAUCCUCCUCCCUGGGCGUCAAGAUCACGUCUACUCUUGUCCUCGUGCCUACCAGAGAACUGGCUGAUCAAGUAUACAAGGCCUUCAAUACCUUUGCGGGGUUCUGCUCGAAAGACGUACAAACACUGAAUUUGACACAAAGAGUUUCGGACGCGGUCAUGAAUGCGGUGUUGCAAGAUUUCCCAGAUGUCAUUGUCACGACCCCUGGCAGAGCGACUCAAUACCUCAGCUCGGGCAGGCUGUCUCUUGAAAACAUCCAGCAACUCGUCAUUGACGAAGCUGACAUUGUGCUUUCAUAUGGCUACGAAGAGGAUAUCAAUGCAAUCGCUGCAGCCCUCCCCCGUGGCGUACAGACAUUCCUGGUCAGCGCCACGCUGACGCCGGAGGUCGAGGAGUUGAAGACCAUCUUCUGUCGUGACGCAGCAGUGGUCAAGAUUGAUGAGAAGGAGGAGAAGGGCGAGGGAGUGACCCAAUAUGUGGUACGGUGCGGGGAAGAUGAGAAGUUCUUGCUUAUGUAUGUUCUGUUUAAAUUGCGUCUCGUGAAGGGAAAAUGCCUAGUGUUCGUGGCGGAAGUCGACAGAAGCUACCGGCUAAAGCUCUAUCUAGAGCAGUUUGGAAUCAAAUCUUGCGUCCUAAACGCGGAAUUGCCAGUUAACUCUCGGUUACACGUGGUUCAACAGUUCAACAAGGGGCUUUACGAUAUCCUUAUUGCAGCCGACGAUCAAGAGGUUCUCGGAGGAGUUGUGAAGAGACGAAGGACGCAGGCACAGGUUGCGGAAGACCCAGCCAACGAGAUGAGCGAGGAGGAUGAGGAUGAAGUCCAACGACCAGCAAAGAAAGUGAAACAGUCGAAGAAACAUGAGAAAGACUAUGGGGUCUCGAGGGGCAUCGACUUUCAGAACGUUGCCUGCGUCAUCAACUUCGACCUUGCUCUAACCUCCAAGUCCUAUACACAUCGCAUUGGCCGAACAGCACGAGCAGGGAAAGCAGGAAUGGCAUUGUCGUUUGUGGUUCCCAAGGAUAAGUUUGGCAAACACAGAGCGACGAGCAUUUUCUCAGCGAAGAACGAUGAACGUGUUCUGGAGAAGAUCAUUGCCCGACAAACGAAGAAAGGCAACGAGGUGAAGCCCUAUCAUUUCGACAUGACGCAAGUGGAUGCUUUCCGUUACCGUAUGAACGACGCGUUACGUGCCGUGACUGGGGCUGCUGUGCACGAGGCACGCGCUAGGGAAAUCAAGCAAGAGCUAAUCAAGUCUGAAAAGCUGCGAAAGCAUUUCGAGGAGAACCCGGAAGAUUUACGACACCUGAGACAUGACGGCGAACACGGGGCAAUCGUCAGGCGACAAGUGCACCUGAAGCAUGUUCCGGAAUAUCUGAUGCCAUCGGCGGGUCGAAAAGCACUGAGUGCUGAUGACGUCGGGUUUGUUGGGUUGCAAAAGGAAAAAAAGCGGAAGGAUAGCAAGAAGCGAGGAGGUCGCAAAGGUCGGUUUGGCGGGAGAUCUAAGGGGAAAAUCGACCCGUUGAAGUCGUUCAGUGCAAGGAAGAAGCAUUAA